AAAAAGGUUUGGCACGUGAUGAGUCAGCUGACAUUCUGUGCCUUUCACAAGACUGAGCAGCAGCAGAGACCAUAACAAGUCAGUGUGCUUCCGACCGACAAGCACACAGCAGGGCUUGCCCAAAUUGUCUCAGGUAGCCCACAAUUUGUGCAAGUUGGAGCGGGACUGUCUUGAAUCUCCUGACCUGCCUGUGUUCACCGCUCCCGGGAAGACGUCGACGACCCUCCACUUGCUGCACUUUUUGAUAGAGGCUGCCGAAGAGGACACUCACUGCACCUGCUGUCAGUCAGGACAAUGAGGCUCCCAUCGCUGCUGUCCUCUUUCGGGCUGAUAACCUGCACGCUGGUUUUAAUGUUGCCGCUGUUUGGAUCAUGUCAUCCAGCACCGACCUCAGAACAGCCAAGGCUGGUGUUCAUAAAUCAGUUAAACUUCGUAAAGGUCGGAUUUAACUGGAGAAAUGUCACCUGCUUCUUGUGCAAAACAGUCUUCACCAUCCUUGAUAUCGCCCUUAUGAGUGACUCCAAUGAAGAGCGAGUGGCCCGUGCAGUAGGUGAGGCGUGUAUCCGUUUACAUCUGGCUGAUGAGCGUGUGUGUCGAGAAAUAACGGAGUUGUUCCGGGAUGACUUCAUCCGGGCUCUGCAGCAGUCCUUGCUGUGGCCCACUGAAGCGUGCUCCCUGCUGGUGGGCCCUUCCUGUGGCAAAUUUGACAUAUAUUCCUCCUGGAACAUCACCCUGCCAAAGGUCCCUAAACCCCCUGUUACACCACCCUCUCCUCCCAAACCUGGUUCUCCACAGAGCAGGGUCCUGUUUCUAACUGACGUCCACUGGGACCAGGAGUAUGUAGCUGGCAGCGCUGCAGACUGCAAGGACCCUCUGUGUUGUCGUAAAGACUCUGGCUAUCCCAGCUGGAGGCGAAGGGAGGCUGGGUACUGGGGGACCUACAGUAAGUGUGACCUCCCUCUAUGGACGGUGGAGAACCUCCUGGAAAAUGCUGCCAGAGACGGACCCUGGGACUGGGUGUACUGGACAGGAGACAUACCAGCGCACAAUGUUUGGUCCCAGACCAGGAAACAGCAGCUGUCAGAACUUACAGUCAUCUCCAGGCUCAUCCACAAACACCUGGGACCUAAUGUGACCGUUUAUCCUGCUGUAGGGAACCAUGAGAGUACACCAGUGAACAGCUUCCCACCACCCUUCGUUCAUGGCAACAGAUCAUGCGCCUGGCUCUACGAUACAAUGGCAGAGGAUUGGGCACCAUGGUUACCAGAGCAGGCUUUGAAGACUUUGAGAUAUGGGGGAUUCUACACGGCGGAGAUUCAGCCUGGUCUGAGGUUGGUCUCUCUCAACAUGAACUUUUGUGCUCGAGAAAACUUCUGGCUGAUGGUGAACUCUACAGAUCCUGCUAACCAGCUGCAGUGGCUGGUUCAUAUUCUCCAGGCCAGUGAGGACAAGGGCGAGAAGGUACAUAUCAUUGGUCACAUCCCACCUGGCCUGUGUCUUGGCAGCUGGAGCUGGAACUACUAUCACAUUGUCAACAGAUAUGAAAGUACAGUUACUGGACAGUUUUUUGGCCAUACACACCUGGAUGAGUUCCAAAUGUUUUAUGAUGAGGCAACCAUGACUCGCCCAUUGGGAGUUGCAUUCAUCGCUCCCAGUGUCACUACUUACAUUAAUCUUAACCCAGGUUUCCGUGUCUACUAUGUUGAUGGGAAUUACCAAGGUAGCUCUCGGCUGGUGCUUGACCAUGAAACCUACAUCCUCAACCUCACAGAGGUAAACCACAGGCCCGGAGCGCCAAGUAGCCCAGAACAGAACCCCAAAUGGACACUGCUGUACCGUGCCACUGAGGCCUAUGGUCUGACUAGUCUGUUUCCUUCAGACUACGACGGAAUGAUGCAGACCUUUAUCAAUGAUGACCGGGUCUUCCAGAAGUUCUGGUACUUGAGACAUAAAGGACAUGUGUCAGAGCCCUGCAAGGAGACAUGCAAAACUUCAUUGCUCUGCUUCCUGCGAAGUGGGAGGUACGAUGAGCUGGAGCAGUGUGACCUCUUCAAUGGUUUUGGAGGAAAGUUGGCCCGGGCUGCCAGAAAAACCCUCUGUUGACCUUAGGAUGUUUGCACUGAGAGAAAAAGCAAUAUGACCAAAUAUGAAAUGUAGCUGAAGUGUAUUUUUCUUGUUGCUGGUUGGUCAACAAGGAUUGUAUUUGUUUGAAGCCACAUGAGCCAUUACUCAUUUCUCUGAAUUUUAGAUUUUGUGAUCCCGACAUUAUUUCUGAAGAGUUAUGCCUGGUGUUAUCAGUAAUGUUUUUACAAAGACAUCUGAUUGUGAUUGUAACAUGCCUAGGGUUUGUCAGGUGCUGUUCUGCAAUGCAAUUUCGUGAAAACUGCUUGAAAUUGUCCUGAAAGGUGUUUAUUUGAAAUGCACAGAAUUGCAGGAGUUAGGUUGUUUGAUCAAUAUUUUCAUGAAUUUGGCAGUUCUAUUGUACUGGGUGCCUUGUAUCAGGAAAAUUAUGGUAGCAAUAUCUAUCCUUAACAGCAUUCUUGAAACAUCAAAAUGCUUUCUGUCCUUUUCGUGGAAUUCCACAAUGCGGUGUUAACAUAUUUGCUGGGAUUUAAAGGUUGUAAAGCAAAUUAAUAGGCCACUUCAUUGAAUGUGGUGAAUCUCAGCC